AUGCGGCGACCCUCGGUAGACCUUGCCGAGCCCUCGCGCAAUCUAGAGGAGUCGGUCGGUGCCCCUGCGCCAGACUCAUUCGAUCCGGAGACAUCCGACUCUCUCGCUUUAGAGACCGAUUUCACGCAGACCCUCGACCUACAUGAGGAUGGUGGCGGCCCCCAGUCGCUCCCUCGCGCCUUCACGCCUCCCCCACACCUCGCUGCUCGCUUCUACCGUCCCUCCCAAAACAGGCGGAAAGACUCGGCUGCCUCCUCGCGACGAAACUCGGUAUGCUCUGUGCCCUCCUUGUCGUCGUCUCAUGGCGCUGCGCAGCUGCACAGCGGGCCCCAGAGCAAGCAUAUUGCCAAUCACCAGCGGAGGGAUGCCAUCUUGAAAGACCGCCAGAAGCGCCUAGCCGACCGCGCUGCCCAUGUCGAGAAGGUCCGACUGCGCGCUGCGCGGGCCAAGGAGCGCACCAUCUCCCUCUCGGAGGAGAGAGCGAUUGCUGCCAAGGAGGCCCGCGAGCGUAAUCUCAACCAGAUUGCCGCAGCCUGUGCCGAGGAGGUCAAGAGGGCCAAGGCCAUAGCCGAGAGCACCAAGGGCAAACGUGAGCUGGAGCUCCAGAAGAUGCGCCAGCAGAUGGAGGAGCGACAGGCCGAGGCUGAGCGACGCCGCGAGGAGCUGAGGAGACAGCCCCAGAGGGCCAGAGGCUCCAGCCUCGAUAGCAAAAAGUCCGUCGAGGCAUUGUCGCCCGUGGGAGAGGUCAGCACGCCAGAGCCAAGGCCGCUCGCCGAGGAUGCUGCCGUCUGUAGGCUACAGACCUGGUGGCGUGCCACGACGAAGAGACAGGCAGUCAACGCAUUCUCUCAGCUGGGUCUGACGCUCGAUGAGUUCCGGGACAAACACUACGAUGCGGCGACAGAACUAAUCCAGGACCAGCGCGUCAUGCUAGCGACAGCCCGCAUCCUCGCCAUCUGUGGCCUAGAAAAGGGAAAACCUGACUCUGUCGCCCAGAUGGGCACCGUUCGGCUCUUUCUCAGUGCCUUCUUGAUCUUAGGCCAUCCGUCACAGGUUCUCAGCAACACGUACGACCUCGGUGAACAAGACCAGGGCUCUUCCUCCUCCUCCUCCUCCGCCUCCUCCGCUUCUUCGCCGCUGCGCCCGAGGGACGACCUGGCCAAUCCGCUGGUUCAGGAGCUAGUGGGCAAGGCCAAGGACCUCCUCAUCACGUUCGAGAACAUAGUAUCCCGGCUGACAAGUCUCAACAACUACACCGUUCCGCCGUCGCUGGCUGAUGCGCUGCCCACUGCGCAUGCCUGCUUCGAGAGGGCGUUUCUCAACUGGCAGACGCGCGACAAAUCCGCUCUGAUUGACGGGAUGUUGAAGCAGCUGGUGGAACUCGACGCCCUCAUUGACCACGUCAAGGAGACCAGCGUGCCCGCUGCUGUGGAGGAAUACAAGGAAGCAGUCGCACCCAACCAACAGAUGUUUGUUGUCAGGAUCAAAAAAGUCCUGGGCCCGGAGAAGGGAUUGAGAGUUAUCCGGCAAGCCCUCUUCCAAGCUCGCAAGGAGAGGGCCGCGAAAAAGAAACAGAGGACAGACAUGAGACCGCGUGCUGCCGAGGAGUCUAUGACAGCCGAGUCUGUUAUGGCUGAACUGACACCCGGUGAGCAGCAAACCACUGCCACUAUCACCGCGAGGCAGUCUGUUGCGAGGCCGGUUGGGGCUUCUGCCGGCACGUCGCCCACCUCCUCGAGCAGAUCAAGCGUGCCACAGAUGGCUCCUCAGGCCAAUCUUCUACCCGACAAUCGUGUCGUGAUGCACGAGCUGGCCAUCAACAAGGAGUACCGCACAAGCGCACAAGACUUUGUUGACGCCGAAUCUAAGGCACUCAAGCCUUACCUGGAUGGAAUGCGCGCAACCAUGAAUGGAGACGCCUUGUCGCGGGAGAUUCACUUCUGCCAGCUCAUCAAUGUCGCUGCACACAUUCAACAAAAGCUGCUGCGACUCGUCCACCCCUCGAAUCCCCUCCAUAGCGUCGUUAUGGACCUACUGGAUAUCGAGCAAUUCAAACAGACAUUCCGAAACGGGUCAUUCUCGUACGAGAAUUUUUUCUCCUCCAUGGCCAAUCUGUUGCCGAAGCUGUGUGCUCCGGUCCGAGACGAGCAGGUCAAGGACCUGGCUGAGAACAAGCUCGUCCAAGGCAGCUAUGUGGAGCGCCUAGAAGCACUCAUUCUCUUCAUCGACGUCAUGUUGAGCGACUUUGCCAACCUUCUCCUACACAUGGCCACGCCUAGGCUGCUGCGAUCGGCGGCCCAGUACGAGGCCAAGGCCUUUGCAAAUGCUAUUCACCGGGGUGAGCACGGCUUGUUCGCAGCCGAGACGGCAUGGCGGGCAGCGAGGAGCAAGGUCAUGGUCGAGACGGCAAGACGCGACUCGGAGAACACAACAAGCCAACCCAAGAACCGGCCUACUGCCGACAAGAUCUAUUCACACAUGCUGGUUGGCAUCUUCACCCAGACCAGCCAUAUCCGUUACGGACAAAUUCCCGAGAUGCUGCAGCUUGACUUCAAGCGGAUCCACAAGUACGGCGACCUCACGCGCAACAUGAUCACAGCUGGUGGCAUCCUUCUGCAGUGCAAGAACCUUCUCAAGCGCGACGUACGUGCGCCGUGGAAGACGGAGGCAACGCGGAUCAUGACCGUGCUGGACACGGCCGAGUCGGAGGAGGCUGCUGUCAAUGGCGUGAUGGCUGCUCUGGAGGCAGGACGAUCGAUGCCUCCUGCCGUCAAGACACACCUCCGCGGCUUCGUGCAGAACCUGAUCGCCGCGCAUUGGCAGAUGGUCAGCGCAACCCAGCCAGAGGCCAACACAACGUGGGACCCUACAGGCCAUGACCCAAACCAGCCGGUCCUCCGACUGCUGCUCAAGCGCCUGCGCGACCAUCUCGUUGCUCACCUGACAGCGGGCAGCAGGAAGGCGACGAACGCGGCAGGCGAGAAGCUUGCGAGCUCUGGCCUCGGGGAGUUUAUGGACCGAGUGCGGGGCAUGACCGACGAGAUGACCAAAGUCGGCGCCGUAGACCGGGAGGCACACCGUCCUUGGUGGGAGCAAGUUGCAGAGAAGAUCGAGUCCGAGAAUGCUGGGGGCGACUGA